UUGCUCCCGGUGCCAUGCUCCCCCCUUGAGCAUCGGGGACACUCUGGUCUACUAGCUGCGCUGGUUAUUAAACCCUCACCAGUAUCAGUCCUAUCAGUCUUGAGUUAUCUCGCACCACGAACAGUUGGCUAUCCCGCAGCAGCUGCCUACUGAGUAUUCUACCAACCUCAACAAAAACCAAAUCAACCGAAGAUGUUCAAGUCGCACCUGGAAAUGAUCGGAAGCUACGAGCCCAUCAGCAAGAAGGCUCGCUUCUUCAACACCUACCUUAAGUCGCUCAAGGGCUCCCAGGACAUCAUGGCCAAGGAGAAGCGCAGCUACAGCUCGUCCUUCGAAUCGCAGAGCAUCUACAGUGACUCGAAAUUCGCCUGCGAAAGAGUCAAGUCGCCCGGCUACCACUACAACCCGGUCAGCAAGGACACCUAUGGCGUUACGCCGAGAAAGAUCAAUGCACGCGACUUCACCGUAAGUAUCGGUAGCAGGGGUGGCCUACUUGGGCAGCUCGUUAUCAUUUUGGGGGUCACAUUCAUUAGCGCGACAGCGAAUUCAUGCGGGAAGGUGUCCAUCACACAAAAAUAGCCGGGAUCUUGGCGGCUUUCGCUCGCGCAGUAAGCUAGAACUAGGGAGUUAUCGUGCGGGAUCGUCUGAAACCACCGCUACACACACGCUCGCGAAGGAAUGCGUUCAAGGUGAUAAAAAUAAGUUCAACACAUUUGAGUGGGAUUUUAUUUUUAUCAGCAAUACAUGCACACACACUGAAUCAGUUCUGACUGCUUGAGGUACUGUGCCCGAAGAAUGUGAGGUGUCGGCAAAGGUUUGCAAUACAUCUUUUAAAAUUGGUGCUCGAUGACGAACGUACACAGGGGAAGAGGGAAAGAGGACGAGCUCAUUCGACUUGUCAUUCAAAAUUGUGAAAAAUGAUCUUUGCCAGAGUUUCAUUGCCAGAGCAAGAUCAAGUUCUAGCACCACUGAGAGUUUGUUUUCUCGCUGGGUGGACGUUAGUUGGGAGUGUUUAAGGGAAGAUCAUGUUCAAUCGAAAGUUGUUGCUGGGUGAUACGAUCGCGUGGGAGCUAUUACUCAUGUAUAUACACACAUUGUUAGACUUUUAGCCGCUGUCAUGUUCAUGCUGCAAACUUUCCCACAAUAAUAGCAUCAAUUAAUUUUCCGUUUUUCCUCUAUCGUUUUCGUUCUGUCUUUUCUGUUUCGAUCAACAUCUACGGCUUGACCUUGGUAUCCGUUACGCGGGAUGGAGCAGCGCUAAACAUCGUGUAGCAAUAAUAUCUUUUUGUCUUAAUGUGUCCCUAAGUUCUUGAACACCACAGAAGAAGAGAAAAAACAACACCUAACCUACACAUACACACACAUACACAUCUACCACUGUAAUGAUAUAGAUUUUAGCCUUCUAAAUGACAGAGAAAAGACAACUCAUAAGGCAGUAACACUACAGACACGCAACACCGGUACAGACAUCGCCAAAAGGAAAAAGGAAAACGCGAAAUCGCUAGAUGAUAAUUAGUGAGCAUGCAGGGUUUUGUAGGCAGCUCCUCUUGAGCCAACACAGCAGGCGGGCCAGCUCCUAUUUCCUGCCACGCCGGACAUGACGCAAAACGUGACCCAGGCCCGUCAAAGUGCAGGCCACGGAAGGUAGAGCGUGAUGGUCCACAUAGACAAACACAACCACUUCGGCGAUAACAGUCAGUGCUGUGACGGGGGUGCGAUUCUAUUUAUGUUUCUCGAGAAAGUUGCAGAAUUACGACGGGAGAGAAAACAAAGAAACGGCUCACAUACAUACACACAUACAUGCACACAAACUCUAACGCACUUGGACGGACGAACGGCAAACACACACUUCUUACGAACGCGAUCAACUCAAGUGUAUAUUGCAAGAACAUUGGUUUAGAGAUGAAAUUUCGACGAUGACAACUGCACGGACUAACUAUUUGCUUGCGAAACAACAGCAACGCCAAUGAUAACUAGCCGAGAGCGACGGUUUCCUCUCGAUCGAACACCACCGUCGAUCCCGAUCGAUCAUCUGAACAUGCGAUGCACCGAAACUCCACCGACAGCGACGAGCUUCGGGGCAAUUUUCCGAGCCACUGAAAAUGGAUGCGCACCGUACGAUCAUGUGUGGAGUGUGGACGAGGCCGGCAGGAGAUCAACCCGAAAACGUGGCCAGCUACAGAGAUAACUGACAGAGACAGACACCAGUGCCGACGAACCAGAGCGGAGCGCUACUAUCACCGAAACUGAUUGAUUCAUUCGACCAGCGGACGGAUGCUGGGUAAUGUUUGCGCGAGACCACCCCACCCCGCUAGGCAACACCCCACAACAAGACACUAUAUUUUUCUUUUCAUUUACCAUUAUGUGUAAAAUAUUUUUCUUUUAUUCGUAAAGUCAAGGCUGUAUAAGUUAUGAGAGCGAAAUGAAUGAAACAAACCAAAAAAAAGUAAUAAAAUUCUCGAAACGAA